AUGGCCAUCGUGUUUUCGACCAUUGACUACGACCAGUGCAACGGCCAUUUCUUCCACUGCCUCCGACGAUCUGGUCCUUACGGAGCCCACGGUCAAGGCGCUGACGACGUUGAAUGCGACUUCGAGCAUGGUGUCUGCGAUUUUUAUUCGAACUGCAAGGGCGACGACUGCUUCGUGCCCGUGCAGGCAAAGCUGGCAGACGAGGGACCCGCCGUCGAUCACACGACCGGAAGAGGUGAUGGCUGGUACAGCCGAGCUCAGUUCUCCAAGAACUCCUGGCACGAAUCAGUAGCCCAGCUAGAGUUGUCGACCAUGGGGCCCUUCUGCUUUUCGGCUUGGAUACACGUGUCUGGCCUCAAGCUGCCACGCAUCGAAAUGGCUUCACGCCAGUUGGAUGCCGAGUGGUAUGUGGAUGAAGCCGAGAAAGAGCACGUCUUCUACCAGGCGUAUUCAUUUCAUCCUGACCUCUGGCACAAUGUGCUCUACCACGAAGACCGUAGCGGUAAGAUGAAGAUUGAGAUUCGAACUUGGCACUUCACUAAUGGAUCUGUCGGUGUCGAUGACUUGAGUGUGAUGCCUGGUUCGUGCCCCGAAGACCCUCUCGACGGUUCAUGUUCGUUCGACCGAUCUGUGUGUGGCUACGAGAGCGUACUCGACAAGAGCGGUACCAAAUGGACGAGAAUUCCACCUGGCCGAUCAGCGAGCAGAAACAAGGCUGUGGCUUUGGACCACACCACCGACACGAUACGGGGUGGCUACGUCAGCCUGCUGGUGCCGGCAAACACCGUAGCCUCGGGAAUGCUCACGUCCCCAACACUCAGCGCGUCUCCAGAUGAACGCAGUCGCUGCAUCAGGUUUUUCUACUUUGCGCCAGUGCCGAACUCGCACAGUGGACUCGAGCUAUUACUGAGCACGGGCUCCACUUCGGCUAGCGACGAGCAAGGUUCUGACAGGAGAUGGCUCUGGGGUGUCGGCUACAGUUCUCUCAUAAGCGGAGCCUGGAUGCCAGCGGAAGUCGAUUUCGUGGCUCCAGGAAAUCAUGAGCUUCACUUUCGUUGCUACGUCGAACUUCCUCGAAACAGCUCGUGGUAUUGUGCAUUGGACGACGUCGAAGUUCACGCAUGCACCGACAAGAAAGGGAAGGAACUAAGUUGCAACUUCGAUGGUGGUCACCUCUGCAACUGGACAAGUGCUCCAGAGCCUUCGGGCGCUACUGGCUACUGGAGAUUGAGCCACCUCCGCUGGGGAGAGCCGCACAUUCCCGACCGAGACCACACCCACGGCACAUCAGAGGGAGGCUUCACGUACGCCGAAAACAAGCAUACCGACUCCGUCAUGAAGGCGGUGCUUACCAGUUCCACGUGGGACGCCAGCUGGGUGGGAAGUGCAUGCCUUACGUUUUGGCACUUUGCUGUCUUCAACCAGCCUGGAAGCUGUAACCUGACAGUAUCGCCCCUGUCCGGAAAACCCUGGUGGUCAAGCACGCACGAACUGGAGCGUGCAUGGAAGCGGGAAUUAAUUCGAGUGUGGCUGCCACCUGACCAGAACCAGUUUAGAUUGCAAGCUUCACUGAGGGACGCCUUGAUUGCCGUGGACGACAUCACACUGGCAUUUGGUGCAUGCCCUUCAGAACAAAGGGGUCUAAGCUGCGAUUUUGAGCGAGGUCCCUGCACGUGGACGAACUCGAUGAAGAAGGGAAGAACCUGGGCGUGGCUCUUGCGUGGCGGACAGCUCAACACUAGAGUCCCGCAGCCGUCCGUCGACCACACACUUUCCUCGGAUAAAGGCUCCUUCAUGCUUGUGAGCGGCCGUGAAAUGCAAGUGACGGGUACCGCCGAGCUACAGAGCGAGGUUGUUGACUUGUAUGCUCAUGGAGCACAGUGUAUGGACUUUUGGUACAUGGUGCAGGGUUCUCAGGGAGCACAGAUCACGUUCAAGGUUACAGUAAACCGACAACCACCUGGCACUAAUCAGCAAAUGCAAGAAGUGUGGUUUCACAAAGGGCAAAACGUCACUGCGUGGACUCUUGGCCGAGUCAAGAUUCCUCGACGUCACAGGGUGACGUUUCAAGCUGCCGUGUUACAAAGUCGUAAUGGCUACGUGGCUCUGGACGAUAUCGCCAUCUACAUCAACGACGACUGCCCGACUAUGCCAGCUGAAGCCGCAGCCGGGAAAACAGCGUACGUCAUGCUCGACUGCGUGUGGAACAUUAAGAACAGAUGUUCUUGGAGUCGUCCUGAUGAAAUAGCGGGAACUUGGAAGCUGGGAAGUCGUUUUCCACCAAAAUACGCAUUGUCCCCAGCUGCCUCACCAGCUGGGAAGCCAAGCGAUUUCAUCUACCUGAGCUGCAAAAAGCUUCACUCUUCGGGUGUCAUGGUGUCCUCGUCCCUUGAUUCGCCCAUCGUGCCUCUACAACAGACUGUGGUCUGCACACGCUUUGCCUUCCACAUGUUUGGUCCGGGAAAGCGGGAGCUGAUGUUGCUGCUGCGUACCCGCCAGUUUCAGUCGUCUAUGCAGAGCAGGACCCGUGUACUGUUCCGAGCAUUCGGUGGCACCGUCGCAGACAGAUGGUAUCACGUUUCCCGAACUAUCCGCUUCUCAGCUCACACGACCACGCUCAGCUUUUCUGUAUCAAGCGAUAAGUGCGAACAAGGGGACGUCGCUCUUAGCAACAUCCACGUAACACCCGGAGCAUGUCUAGAUUACGGCGGAAAAGAACGAUGCGACUUCGAGCAUGACAUAUGCGACUGGCACAACAACGGCUGGACGCACGUCGUGACAGGCAUGACAGGUGACAUGGCAGAUGCCAGCCUCCGUUCUGGACCAGCUAACUCUGCUUCUCUGGCCAAGAUAGAUCAAGCUCUUUACGUGGAUGGCAUCACAAUCUGCACCUCGCAACGUAGCGUGGGCCGCAUGAAGUUAUUCCUGCAAAAGGCGGCCAAUAUAGUCGAUGACUGCGCAACCUACAGCGCACUCAAGGUUGCCCCAGCCAAGUCCGCAUUUAUGCACAGACACUCGGGGAAUCUCACGCAUGGCCUGCGUCGCUUGCGGCGGACCUGCGCGCACUGUGCCACUUGGAGCGUCUCUACCGGGCACUCGAUGCUGGCCCCCUCCCUGCUCGCGCAGUUACGUGCUGUGCCGAAUUCUAUUGUCGGCCAACUUCUGGAAGUCUGCGACGGCGUUGUGGCCGAUGAUCCCGCGCGCCGUUCGCGCUGGCCGCUCCCUCCCCGGCGAGCGCUCCUUCGAGUGAACCUGCACUUGCCGGGAGUCCGAUCGAAGCACCACACCCCGCUCAGUGCCAUGACGCAGGAGGUUGCGGCGCGAACGCACGGAGACCUGGCCAGAAGGACGCAAGCGUUCACUGGUCCUGCAGGAUGGCUGUACUGCGACCGCCUGCAUAAACCCUCAGCUUGGCACGGAGCGAAAGUGCCACUUGCGGUAUUUUGCAUCCUCAACAACAGCUGA